UGGUUGUGGCGGGAACUGGGUUUUUUUCGCCGAUUCGAGAUUUAUCUUCGUUUUGGUUUCGGUGUUUCUCGUGACUGCGGGAUGGCGCCUUCGUUCCUUUCUCUGUUUGCGUUUUGGACAUUCCGUGCCGCGUUUUGCAGUGGCGUUUGCGUAUUUCGUUGCCCCGAGAGUUUACGCGUUAUUAUGAGAUCCCUAAUAGGGUCUCAUUCUAGGGUUUUCUUCUAUCCUCUUGCGUCGGGGUUUCUUCAUGGGACUCUACGAUGCUCUACGCUUCGAUAUUCAAUAUUGGGCUUUACGUAGCGUGCAUUACUUGAAAAAAAGGGUACAAUUCUCUGUUUGAUGAGAACUGAGGUUCUUCCGCAAUGCCACUUAUAAGGAGAAAGCCUUUGGCCUUGGCCGAGCCUCCUGAGGAUUUGAAGCAAUAUGAGCCUGUUUACCAAAUUCGGUUUACGAAAGAAAUCUUUCAAGAUUAUCAUGAUUAUUUGAAGCAAUUGAAUCUAUACCGCCAGAGGGUUUGGAUGUGUAAAGUCACUGGAAAAACUGGCUUGACUUAUGAAGAGGCUUUGGUGUCUGAACAACUUGCUACCGAGAAAGUUCAACAGUUUCCUAAAGAACUGAUGACUGUUGCUUUAAGCAUUAUUCAAUACAGUAUGCUCCCUUUGAAGGAUCUUGCUGAUUCUAUUGCUGAGAAAUUGCAGGAAUGUUUGUUUGUGGGUGCUGAACUACAUGGGAAAAAGGAUGAUGGAGUUCAUCCAUGCAAAAUAUUAAAAGUCAUUCAGAAAGGAGUUGACACAGUCUCUUAUGAGGUAGCUUGGCUUGACAAAAACAAGAAUAUUAGAGAACAAGCAGAAGUCAGCGCAGAAGAUUUGGUGCAUAAGAAGCCGCUUUUUAGUAGAAAUAUUUUGAAGUCUUUUAUUCGUGAGUCUACAUAUCGGAAUGCCCCUUGGGUUUUACAUGAUGAGCUAGCAAAAAAUCAUGGAAUAUCAACUGACAUUCCUGAGGACUUACAAGGAAGGGUUUUCUACAAAUAUGGACUUUUAGUUUGCUCCAAGAAAAGGAAAAACGAGGAAUCACUGGAAGACACUGAUAACUGUAAAAGGAAGAAGUUGGAUGGCGCACAAGUUGACGAUUCUAGCCAAGAGAAAGAAAAUGGUCAACACAAUGAUGAAGCAAUCAAAUACCCCAUUGAUGAUCUAUUGGUGACGCCUAGUCCAGAUGAUCCUGUAUUCACUGAUCGUCCUUCUCCAGCAAAAGACUUCAAUAUUCCAAUGAGUUGUGUAGGGGAACUCUUGAUGGUUUGGGAUUUUCUUAGUUCCUUUGGUAGACUGUUGCAGCUGAGCCCCUACUCUCUAGAAGAUUUUGAAUUUGCAAUCUGCCAUAAGGAUAGCAAUGUGGCUCUCCUUAUGGAAUCUCAUGCAGCACUUUUUCGACUUCUCAUCAAAGAUAAGGAUGAAUACUCCUUGGUUGUGAAGAACCGAAAACUGAAGUCUAAGAUUACAACCAAUAAUUGGACAGAAUAUUUAUGUCAUUUUCUAGAGAUGAUCAAUAUUCCUGAACUACGGCAACAUAAAACAACUAUAAAACGGGGACAUUAUGGCCUUGUAGAUGCCAGUGCUAAAUUAAAAAUCUUAGGCGAAUUGGUCAAUCGAGCCCUUGAAACUGCAAUAUUCAGGGAAAAGUUAGAUGAGAUUAUUGAACAGCGGCAGGCACUUGGGGCCACUAGAAGGGAAGAAGCAUUGGAAAAUGGUAGGAGGAGAAGAGAAGAAAAGGAGCGGAUGAAAGCUGAGUCAGAAAGCAAUGGAUUUGUGGAUGGGCAUCUAAACGGUGCAAAUGUCCUAGCAAAUAAUAUUCACGGUAUACAAAAUGGAGACGUGGGAGAGAAAAGAAUUAUAGAGAUAGAACCAUCAGGGCAAAACGAUCCAUUGGGUAGAAGUGGGAUCAAGCAUUUAAAUCCUGCUCCGAAAAAGACACUUAAGAAGUUAAAUUCAGAGCUGAAAGAACCAACGGAAAAUGGAAAAGAAUUAUCCAGAAAGGAAUCACCGAAACAGUUGAAGGCUGAUAAGGAUUCAUCAGAGAAGAAUAGUAAAGAACAGAGGAAAGAAUAUUUCGAACGGGAGAUGGAGAAACGGUUUAUUCGUAGAAGCCCAUUAGGUAAGGACAGAGAUCACAAUAGGUAUUGGUGGUUCUGUCGCUAUGGGAGGAUAUUUGUUGAAAGCUGUGACUCCAAGAAUUGGGGAUACUACAGCAGUAAGGAAGAGCUUGAUACAUUGAUGAGUUCACUGAAUUGCAAGGGUGAGCGGGAAAGGGCACUGCAAAAGCAUCUAGAAAAAUAUUAUAAUACAAUAUGCUCAGAACUCCAGAAAACAUCGAAGGAUUUGAUGCACAGGUUUGUAGAUGAGUCUGUGCUUCGUAGGUCUACUCGUGUUAGAGCUCAACCUAGGCAGAACCCCUCCGAUGCUUGCCUCAGAUAUAGAAACAAGUACUAUAAAGAAGAAUAGGAGGUGCAAGGGGAAAUUCAGUAAAGUUACCUUCAAACAAAUGGAACUUGGCACUUUUAAAGGAGCUGAGUUUAAUUCAUUGCCUUCACAGUAAUAGAGAUUAAGUAGUUUUCCGAUCCAUUUUUGGAUGAUCGACAAGCAUGUGUGUGCUUGUUUCAGAAAUUUUGUACAUUACUUAUUAUUCGAUUCAAUAAUAUCUGAAACUGCAAAAUUGAAUGCCGUGUUA